AUGAGGCAAGUACCGGAGGACUGCGUCUGGCCGUUUGGCCCGCUAUCUGAACUCCCAGAGGUGCCCCGGACUCCGCCCCCGGACCUUUCCGGAGACUCCCAGCCCCCAUCGAAAACCCGGACCCGGAGAAAGAAGAAGAGAGGCCGGGAGAGAUCCUCUGAGGCGCCGGCAAUCUUUUUGGGGGCAGUCUCUCUCUCUUCCCUGCCCGAAUGUUCUCAGGAACCCUUUCCGAUCCUUGACUCGGCGGCGUUUGUUCCAGCGAGGAUAGAGCCCGAACGGACAAUAGCGAGUUCUGCCCAGAGGCUCGCCGAUCACUUAUUCACCCUCCAAGGACUUUACUGGAGGGUGAUGGAAGAACCGGCCACACAGGACUCUCCAGAGGCGGUCCAGCUCGCCACGCAGCUGCAGCGAGACUUUGCCAAGUUCUCUCCCGCCUCUCCUCAAGGUGACUUGGAGAGGUUAGGAGAGGGCCUGAGGAGGCUGCUCCAGUUAUGGAGAGCACCGCCCCCUGCUGCACCUGGUGAGCUGGAGGUCCCAGCUAUGCCGACUGUGCCUGCUGCACCACCCGAGCUGCAGGUCCCAGCUACACCCACUGUGCCUGCAGCACCACCCGAGCAGCCGCCUCUGCCUCGGCCGGCAGCACCGCCCACUGCACCCGAGGCGACGCCUCCGCCCGCUGCAGCUGCUGUGCCCGAGGCGCUGCCUCCGUCCAAGGCCUCUUUCCUCCGGCUGCAUCUGCUCUGCCCGAGGAGCUGCCGCCUGUGCCCGAGGCCCCUCUGCCUCCGCCGCCUACUGCAGCUACGCCCGAGGUCUCUCUGCCUGCACCUGUGA